AUGGAGCAAAGUGAGGGAGAAGGCUGGAGAGAAUUGAUGAGGAAGAUGCUUCCUCCUGGAGCUUCAAUUCCUGAAGAUGAUGCAAAACUUGAUUACUCAAUAGCUAUAGAAUAUGAAGGUCCACCAGUUCCUUACAAAGUUCCUAAAGUUGAACCUCUGGAUGUGAGUCAGCAAUCAAUCCCAACUGCCGAACCACUUUCCCACUCCCAAAGAUCGACUUCAAAUCAAGUUCCUCCUGUAAUUGAACCAGUACCUUUGCCCGUAUCUUGUAUAGCUGCUGGUGUUACAGAUUCGCCGCCUACACAAACUCCAAGAUUAUCAGUAAGCUCAGAGUCUGUAGUGUCUGUCUUGCAAAACCCUGAUUUUUCUUCUGCUUCAGCUUCUGCUUCCCCAGGUUCAGUUCAUAUUCCUUCAAGACAACAGCAAGUUAGUGCUAAUGAAGUAAAGAGGGUACCUGUUGUUACUUUUAAUACCGUUGAAAGGUAUGAGAGCAAAAAUAUUGUUGAUUUGGAGAAGCCAUUUUAUCCCGAUUAUGUUGGGGUUUCGAAAGGAAAGAAGAAGAAAAGGAGUAGAGUAUGUUACAGGUGUGGCAAAGGGAAGUGGGAAACUAAGGAGUCAUGCCUUGUUUGUGAUGCUAAGUAUUGUAGUAAUUGUGUGCUCAGAGCUAUGGGAUCAAUGCCUGAAGGACGUAAAUGUGUCACUUGCAUAGGUCAACCAAUUGAUGAAUCAAAGCGGUUCAAGUUGGGUAAGCAUUCCAGGGUAUUAUCUAGAUUGCUCAGUCCUUUGGAAGUUAAGCAGAUAAUGAAAGCAGAAAAAGAAUGCUCUGCUAAUCAACUUCGACCAGAGCAACUCAUUGUUAAUGGAUUCCCUCUCAAGCCAGAAGAGAUGGCAGAACUGCUUGCUUGUCCAUUACCUCCACGAAAACUGAAGCCAGGUAGAUAUUGGUAUGAUAAGGAAUCUGGUCUGUGGGGGAAGGAGGGGGACAAACCUGACAGGACCAUUAGUUCAAACUUGAAUUUCACAGGGAAACUCUCUCCUGAUGCAAGUAAUGGGAACACUGAAGUUUAUAUUAAUGGCCGGGAAAUUACCAAACUUGAACUGAGGGUACUAAAACUAGCAAAUGUACAAUGCCCACGUGAUACCCAUUUUUGGGUCUAUGAUGAUGGGCGUUAUGAAGAGGAAGGUCAAAAUAAUAUCCGGGGAAACAUUUGGGAGAAGGCAUCAACACGGUUUGUUUGUGCACUUUUCUCUUUGCCCGUGCCCCAUGGUCAACCACAUGGACAGAGGGAUGAGGCUAGUAAUUAUACUACUGUUCCAAAUUAUCUAGAGCAGAAAAAAGCGCAGAAACUUCUUCUGCUCGGUCUUCAAGGCUCUGGAACUAGCACUAUCUUCAAGCAGGCCAAAUUUUUGUAUGGAAAUAAGUUUACUGGAGAAGAGCUGCAGGAUAUCAAGCUGAUGAUCCAGAGUAAUAUGUACAGAUAUCUUAGCAUUUUGCUUGAUGGACGGGAACGCUUUGAAGAGGAGGCAAUGUCUAGGAUAAGGGAGUUAGGUUACCAAGAUCAAAGCUUGGGGGCAGAUGGAGAAGUUGACUCUAGCGAAACCAAUCAGUGUAUCUAUUCCAUCAACCCAAGACUGAAACAUUUCUCUGACUGGCUGUUAGACAUUAUAGCCACCGGGGAUUUGGAUGCAUUUUUCCCUGCAGCAACACGUGAAUAUGCUCCAUUGGUUGAAGAGGUGUGGAAGGAUCCUGCUAUACAGGAAACAUAUAAAAGAAAAGACGAGCUUCACUUCCUUCCGGAUGUUGCCGAGUAUUUCUUGAGUCGGGCUGUUGAGGUCUCAAGCAAUGAAUAUGAACCUUCGGAACGUGAUAUUCUCUAUGCAGAAGGGGUUACCCAAGGGAACGGUUUGGCUUUCAUAGAAUUUUCUCUUGAUGAUCGCAGCCCAAUGUCCGAAACAUACACGGAUAAUAUAGAAGCUCCCCCACCUCUGACAAAAUAUCAACUUAUUAGGGUAAAUGCGAAAGGGAUGAAUGAGGGGUGCAAAUGGGUGGAAAUGUUUGAAGAUGUGCGUGCGGUGGUGUUCUGUGUAUCCCUCAGUGACUAUGAUCAGAUGUGGCUAGCACCUGAGAAUAGCGGCAGUGGAUCACUUCUUCAGAAUAAGAUGAUGCAAAGCAAAGAGCUGUUUGAGACUAUGAUCAAGCACCCUUGUUUUAAGGAUACUCCAUUUGUCUUGGUACUUAACAAAUAUGAUCUUUUUGAAGAGAAGGUUAAUCGGGUGCAUCUAAGUGCUUGUGAAUGGUUCGAUGAUUUCAGUCCAGUGCGGCCUCAUAACAACAAUCAAACACUCGCUCACCAGGCAUACUACUAUGUUGCGAUGAAGUUCAAAGAUCUCUAUGCUUCCCUCACAGGUCGGAAGCUCUUUGUGUGGCAAGCUAGGGCUAGAGACCGUGUGACCAUUGAUGAGGCAUUUAAGUACAUAAGGGAAGUUCUCAAGUGGGAUGAAGAGAAGAAAGAAGAUAAUUACUAUGGUGGAGCUGAGGAAUCAUUUUACAGUACGGACAUGAGCUCGUCACCAUUUGUCAUGGUCGAGUGAUGUGGUUUUGAAUGAUUAUUUGCAUUUGCUUUAUAGAUAGAGAAAAAUGUAUAAAGAAGGGUAUUAUUAUGAUCAUUCACAAUAAGGCAACUUCUUUAUUUGUAUUAUGCUGUUGUUGUAACAUCAAUUCUGUGAUAGUAUUGGAGGGGCGUCUCAAAAAUCAAGGUAAUCUUGUGUGCAAUUUCAUCAAGGAGAUUUUGUGCUAAAAUUUGAAACAGAUUUGGGAA